AUGAAAAGGGUAUGCUGCAUUGUCUUUUUUGUCUUCGUUGUCCUUUCGUUGUCCUUGCACAUGGGAGUUCAGGGUUUGACUCCUUUCCUUCAAAAGACCUGCCCGCAUGUGUUGAAGAAGUUACCUAAUCGCUUUCAAAGUCUACGCGGCAAGAGAGUCAUUAUUGAUGGAACGCUCAUAACCCAACGAUUUCAUUUUGUGCAGAACGGACAUCCGUACCACCACAUCCUAGGGUGGUAUCGCCUUCUUCAAGAGCUGCAAGAUAAUGGAGUGUCUGCGGUCUGUGUUUUUGACGGGAAGGAGAGAAGUUCCGCGAAAGCGCGUGAGCUGCAACGGCGACUUGGAGUGCGCCUUCUGGCCAACGAGAGGAAAGUGAUCGAGGAACAACGUCUCCAGCGAUUGAAUGGCCUGAAGGACGCGGUACAGCAAUUGCAGGACGCUGACCCAGACGUCAGGAACCGGAUUGCUCAGUCCUUGAAAGACACUGCCCUUGGAGUGGAGGACAGCGGAAUAUCUGCUUUACUUGAAGCAAAUGAGCGGCUUAGCGAUGAGGGACCCAAGGUGUCAGAGCCCCAGGAGUCGCCUGUCGCAACAGAAACUACCGAGCUGCCUCCUACAACGCCUUCGGAGGAAGAGAAGCCAACAAGUGCUGAAUCUGGUUCCAAAAUAAUCUCAACCCUACAUUCCUUAUUUUUAAGUUACAAGGCGAAUGUUGCAAAACUUGUGUCUCUCUCCAUUGGUCAUUCCGAGACGCCACCACCCCCUGCCGUUCCUGCUACCACUGCGGAAGAAGGAACUGAGCAAAUCAUGACGAAGGCUCAACACCAGCUUACUGUCGAAGAAGGAAAAUUCUGGCGCAAAGCUGCGGCUGCGCUACUUAUCCCAGUUCUAAAUGGCGUCCACGCUGUUAUUCCGAAGGCUACAGAAACUGAGCUCGAUAGACUCCUUCAACAGAGCAAUUUCAUGGCUGUAUCCUUCGAGCGACGCACUAAGGGACCGCCCGGUGAAACAUUCCGUCAAUCGAAGAGAAUCAUCGAUGCUAUGGGAGUUCCCUGCAUAGAAUCAACUGGGGCCGUGGAAGCGGAGGCCCUGGCUUCGUCGAUGGUACUCGGAGGAUUGGCCGACUACGUCAUUAGCGAAGAUACAGACGUACUCGUCUAUGAUGCCCCUCUGAUCAGAAAUUCCACCAACAGGCUUGAACCCCUUCUUGUGAUGUCGGGACAGGAAAUUCGAUCCGCUCUCAACAUGGACCACAACACUUUCAUCGACUUCGCACUGUUGCUAGGCACAGAUUUCUCUCAGCGCAUCGCAAACGUCGGCCCACAACGGGCAUACAAAUUCCUCCAGAGCUAUGCUUCUAUUGAACCGAUUGUGGACAUCGUUGAAACUGUCCCAAGAUACGAUUUGAAACUCCCUCGAGACGCAUACCUGGCCCAAAUAGACAUCGCCCGACAGGUAUUCCAGAACCUGCCACCCAUUCCUCCAGAAGAAGCCCUCAAACCCAAGGUAAGGGAUCAGCAAGCCGUUGUGGACAUCCUCCAGCAGCAUCAGCUCGGACGACUACUAGAUGAACCCGACUAUGAGGGCUGGGAGUACGACGCACAUUAUCGCGGAAAUUACUUCAAUGACAAUCCUAACUCCUAA